AUGCCGAGCUUCGCAACGAGGUUUAAAGCUGCAAUAAAAAAGAUGGAUAUGCAAGCAUCAAAAGAAUUCCUAGCCGAACUAAAGGUUCUGACACACGUUCAUCACUUGAAUUUGGUGCGGCUAAUUGGAUAUUGUGUUGAGGGCUCCUUAUUUUUGGUUUAUGAAUACAUUGAGAAUGGAAAUCUAAGUCAACAUUUGCGCGGCACAGGGAAGGAUCCAUUAUCAUGGGCAGCUAGAGUUCAAAUUGCAUUAGACUCAGCAAGAGGACUUGAAUACAUUCACGAGCAUACAGUUCCUGUCUAUAUACAUAGAGAUGUUAAAUCAGCAAACAUUUUGAUAGACAAAAACUUCCGCGGAAAGGUUGCGGAUUUUGGUUUGACAAAAUUGACUGAAUAUGGUAGCUCCUCGUUACAAACACGCCUUGUCGGGACGUUUGGAUAUAUGCCUCCUGAGUAUUUGUAUGACAAGUUUAUUUCUAGUGUCCUCGUCAAAUUAAUGGCGUUGAUUGUGGAUGCUUCAACGCUUUUGGAUCAUGAAGGGCUAGUCAGGGACUUUCAGAAGAAUAGGUAUGCAGGAUUCAAGCAUAAUCUUAGAAAGGAAGGUAAGUCUUAUGCAUAUGCAACUCGAAUCAAGGACUUCACGUGGAAAAGUCAAGAGAAACUAUCAAGCGGACACGAGCCGCACAAGGAUCACAAACAUGGAAGAGAGUUCAAGGAGAGUUCAAGAAUGACCAUUUCAAUUAAAGAAGAAGAGAUGGCAUGGGUUAAAGCAAGCUACGUUGGAUUUGUUAGGAAUGCAGAAGAACUAAAUUAG